AUGUUUGGUUCGAUACGAUUGUUGCAAGUGCUGUUUCUGGGCGGUGCGUGCAACCCGACAACAUGGCGACAAGAAAAGGCCAUCCCUGUUCUUGAACAAGAAAAGAUCCCUUAUUAUAACCCACAAGUUGAAGAAUGGUCACCGGAGCUGAUUGCGUUGGAGCGCGAAGCGAAAGAGCGUUCCUUCCUUCUCCUCUUCGUUUUCGAUCCUAACCUCACUCGUGGUCUCGCAAGUCUGGUCGAGGUGGCGUACCUGGCUGCGCUGGGACGGCGUCUCGUCAUUGUGCGACCCAACAUCAAGAAACUGCGUGUCAUGGCAACCGGCAAUCGUAUCUCUCGAAUUGAGGCCAAAUGCAUCGCGGAGGCCUUUCAGUGGUUAGACGGCAUUCGCCUGCCGAAUGUGAGUGUCUUCGACACUCUUGAAGAGGCCCUUAUUUACCUGAAACUGCAAUAUCUGGCGCAAAUCCGACUGCUAGAGGCGUACAAAUUCUUGCCAAGUCUACCCCUGGUCAUUUCCGACUUCACGCCUGACGUUUACUGCGGCGGUGACACUCAAUUUUGUGAGAAUGGCCACUCCAAUAAGACCUGGGUCAUUCCACGACGCACCAGACGCAGCUUCAAGCUCACCCUGUCCAUCCAAUCACUUUGUCGGGAGUUCUACUUCUACAUCUCCAAGGACAACCUGUGGCUGGUUGAUCAGAUGGAGGUUAGGAAUUCAACUAACCCAAACCUGGCAAUUGUGAUCAGCGGCGCCACUGACUGCAUUUUCGCCAUAUUUCAAGACGUGGAAUUGCAAGCAGAACUGGAUGAAGGCUCAGCGCAAACGCAGCGAGAGCUUGCAGCAGCUCAGGAGACCGGAGACCAGGUAAGGGCAUUCACGAGGAAGCUGACAAGUCAAGAUUGUCCUCUCGAACUUCGGAUGGAAGUUCUCCCACACGCGCCAUAUUCCUCAGACUUGAUUAAUAAACAGGACGAUGUGCGCAAAUUCGUCGAUGAUGACAACGGCAUUCCUACGUUGCCACAGAGGGAUGGUGUAAGAUCUGACGAAGACGAGUCAAGUCUUUCUCUGCUGCAGGCGGCUUUCGCGAUUGGCAGCGGCAAGAAGGUGACGCUGUGCAUCGAGUACCUGAGCGACGACACACGUUCACAGAACUCCUCAGGCUACAGCAGUCUCGCGAGCACCCCCCAAGACACCUUCCAGCCGCCUCCCACGUCUGCCAACACCGACUUGCCGUGCGUGCUGCCAACUCAUCCGCCCUACCCCCACCUCGCGUGCCCCGCCAACUUGGCCCUCUCGCCAACUGCCAUCAAAGACCACAAUCGGUCGCGUGCCUACCUCAAAUCUCUUGCCGAGGAAACCAACAACGCCGUCCUAGGUCAUCCGCUACGAGGUUUACGGGACUUGAUGUGA